AUGGGUGUCAGCAGUACCGAGGAGUUGCUGGAUGUGCAACAACUGGACAAUUUGGGGCGUGCCCUGAACGACGGCAUGAUCAACCAUCUGUACCAAUACGACACAGAACUCCGAAUGCCUGAUUUCGAACAACCACCAGGAGAUCUGGUGUCAGGGGAUGCCACUGCUUUCUGCGACCUCGCCCAGUGGGGAUCUGGACCAACCGUCCAGAUGUCCAUUGAAGGAUGGGAAGAUGUGGAAACGGACAGGUCCGAGCACGGAAGUCUUCUGGAAGAUCCCACUUUCGUUCCUAACGACUUGUCGGAGGGCGAACCUGAGCCAACAGAGAAGGAAUCCGCUCCCAAGGCCAAAACCCCACAAACUCCCAAGAAGAGGAAAUCUGCUCCGGCUAUCGCCACACCUUCACGACUCGAUGCUGUUACCAAGCGCGAACAGUCCAAGGGCAAAGGCAAAGGCAAACCUGGCACAUGA